AUGCCAAGAAUGGUUAGAAAGAAGAGUUUCGACAGAACUGUCGUUAAGAAAUGUCCAAAAUGCGACCAGCAGAUACCAGUUGCAUGCAAACAUUGUCCGUGUGGUCACCAGUUCUCAAAAAAGCCAUCAACACCAACUGAAGAAGAGCAGGCAAGUUUUAAAAUCCGACGUACAGAACGGACACGCAGAGAGAGACCAGAUUUCUUCAACCCAAUGGUACUUGAUGUUCAGGCAAAGCGUGCCAGGAAAAAGUCCCAGAACUCUCCACAGGUACAGCCUGUUGAAACCCCUCCUCCUGUACAGGUAGAAAAAGAGACACCCAGUCGUAAAAGAAGAGGCAGACCAAAACAAACCCCAACCAAAUCUGUGCCUGAAAUUGAAGAAAAACCACAACCAGUAGAAGAUGAUAUAUUAAUCAAGCUGCGUCCAGAGAAAGCCCUCCAGUUUAGCAUAAUCCUCUCAGAACUCAACAGGAAAUUUGGCUCACAGAACUUUCAACCAUUGUGACAGUCUGCUUGGUGUGUGAAUGUGGUCAAAGUGUGUGCUGUAUGAUAUUGUGAGGAUGUGUAUGUGUUAUAUUAAUGCCAGGUAUCAUAAGUUGUGAAAUACUAUGUCUAAUAACGGGUGUGCAAUUUUAUUGUAUAUAUAUUAAUCUUCAUAAUGUAAGUACAUUAUAUUUAGUUGAUAUGAAUGAACGUCAGUAGAAACAAGAUAUGAGAUUUAUAUGAAAUCUAAAUAUAGCUUUAUCAAUCAGGCUAUGUUUGUAUAAAUCAUGACUCACCAAAUUUGAUACAAGUAGGUUACAAUUUCAUUAAAAAUGUUUCAACGACCAUCCUUGUAGAUGUCUGUUUAUCAGUCUUUCAUUGGCUGAAAAUGUAAGAUUUUUUGUUUCUGUCAGAAACAGUGUUUUAAUUUCCUUUAUGAUCUCUAAAUAGCUGCCUGUUAACCGCACAGGGGUCUUUAUGUUUGCAAAUAAAGAUUUUCUGAAAAUGAAAUGUCACGUACUGAUAAUAAAUAUAUAUGACUUUGUUACAAUCCAUGGGAGACAACUCUUUCAUCUUACGAUACUUUUUGGGAGAGUUUAUCAGGAAUUUGUAACCAUUGCAAAGGAUUUUAAGUGGAGGCUGUUUGGAUGCGUAAAAACAUUUUGAGUCAUUUGUCCUUAGAAAUAUUUAUCAGACACCAAAGAAUUAGCAUUAAUGGAAAGAAUUGUAUCGCAGAUUCUUGUCAUUAAUACAUACUGAUCAAACACAUAUUGAAAAUUCAAUGAACAUCUGACCUCAUUUUAUUAUUUUCAAUAGGGUCAGUCAAGUGAUUGACCUCAUAAUGUCUUUUACAUCUAAAGGUAUUGAGGAACUUUUUGAAAAAUAAAGAAAAGUGACAUGAAUAAUCUCAGUCAGUCUUAAUCAAAGUGUAUGGACUUUGAAUAGCAACAUUAC